AUGUGCCCGAUAAAACAUAAACAAAAGCACCACCACUGUAGCACCGCCGCAACAGCAACAGCCACCGUGGAAGACUGGAGAGAAGAAUCGAUAAACGGGGGAUCCUUAAAACACGUUGACCUCCAGAAUGGAUCCAAUGGAUGGGCCUCGCCACCAGGUGAAGUAUUCUCUCUCCGUGGACCCAAUUACUUUGCCAAGAAAUUCAAAGUGCCGUCCGGUGAUUGGAUGCUGAACCUUGUUGGAGUUGACUGGCUACGAUCCAAUUCCAAGCUAAAUCACGUUCUUUCCAAGCGCGAUAACCGUGUCAUGGCUUCUUUGAGAAGCUCGAAAACACCGGAAAAAUGGUCCAAAACCUUCAUUCUCAUGGUAAAUUUACAGGUUCCGAGCCGGGAUCAUCACAGUGAGGUAUUUUACUUUUCCAGUAAAGUGGAUGAGCCCAUUGAUCCAAAUUCACUACUUUAUCAAUUCAUUCAUGGGGGACCAAAUUAUUUGGAAAUAGAUGUUGAUAUUGGUAGCUCAGCUAUUGCCACGGCAAUUUUGCACCUCGCUUUGGGAUGCGUCCCCGCGGUGACGGUGGACAUGGCUUUUCUGGUGGAGUCUCAAUCAGAGGAGGAGUUACCCGAGAGAUUGUUUGGGGCGGUACGGAUUUGUCAAAUAGAGAUGAGUUCUGCAGCCUUUGUGGAUAGUGCCACGCCUUGGACCGGUUCUUUCUUUGAUGCCCUGAUGGGCUGGCGAUUUGCUUAUGCGGAAACGAGUUGCGGAACUUCAGAAUGGUGCCUUAACAAAAAACGAGAAGAGAGGCCAAGUAUGGAGGAAGUUGCUAUGGAGCUUGAAGCACUGAGAUUAGUGGAGAACCAUCAAUGGAGAGAUGAAGAUUUGAAUCACGAAGAAAUAAUGGAGCAUUUAUUUAAUCAUACGGCCGCUUCAAAUUUCAAUGGUGGAUUUCUUUCAAAUCAUAAACUCUCCGGGAACUACAUAGCCAACGAAAAAAUUAGAAUGUUUACUGCAGAAGAACUACAGAGGGCCACAAAUUUACCUGAUUAUGGGAAGUUUACCUGA